CGCGAGACACUUCCUCCGGAACUUACGUCAUUUCCUCAGAAGAAACUUCCUGAGGACGGCGGCGGCGGCGAAUGGAGAAAAGAUUAAUGAGACGGCGGAGACGGCCAGUCUAGGACUAUUAAAGUAUUCAUCAUCUGACGGUCUGCACCGGAAUGGCCAAAGACAGAAGUCACAUGUCUGAGAAGAUCCUGAACCUAACCCUGGAGAUCAUCUACCUGCUGACCGGUGAGAAUUUUACAGCCAUCAAAACAGAAUCUGGACGACUGAGUGUUAUCCAGGAUCCCAUCACGGAGCCUCUGCCCCAUUUACUAAAGCAUGAUAAGAAAAAUAAGAAAAUCCUGCAACUGACCAGUCAGAUCAUCGAGCUGCUGACCGCAGAGGAACAGGAGUAUUUUGAAGAACACAAAGAUCUGUACAGAAGUGUCAUGGAGGACCACCGGCCCCUCCCAUCACCGCGUAAGAAGAGGCUUUCAUUAAUGGAGGACCACCGGCCCCUCCCAUCACCGCGUAAGAAGAGGCUUUCAUUAAUGGAGGACCACCGGCCCCGAACAUCACCACUGAGUAAGAAGAGGCUCUCAUUAAUGGAGGACCACCGGCCACGAACAUCACCACUGAAUCGAUCCAGGAAGAGGAAACCACCACAGAGAUGUCCUCAACCUCAUUACUCUCAGUCCUGUCCAGAAGAAAAUGGGCCACAGGAUCGUAAGGCAGAUUCCUCGGAUGAAAGUCUAAAUGAUUUCCAGAUUGUUGUCAUUGAGGACGAUAUUAAGAAGGAGGGUGAAGAUCUACGUGUGAUCAUUAAGGAGGAAGAGAUCCCCACGGAUAUCAGCACAG